CGAAUCACGCGUCUCGCGCGUUGUGUCUACUAUCGAAUUUUAAAAAUCGAUAUAAAAUCAUAUACUCACACCAUUGUUUUCAUACGACAAUCAAUCGAUAAGUAAUAUCGUAAAGAUUUUUUAUAUAAAAAGAAUAAAUUAUUUGCUCCACGUGGAGCGUCUCUGGAAUUUGAUUCGAAUCGCCUAUUGGCUGUUAAUAAUAGUUGUUUUCAAUUAAUAAUUUUAUCAAAAUAAUAUUUUUCAUUUUCUUGGGCUGUCGUGUGUCGGCUUGACGGAGUUUGUUGACGGAGUUUGUUCCUAAAUGGUAAUACUAUUUUAUUUAUAUAAUUUUAUGUGUAUAGACACGCAUAUUACGUAUUAUACGUCAUAAUAUUGUCUUGUUAUCGAAUUAUUUCUAAAAUAAAAUAGACGCUGUAUACAUUUGAUUUUUAUUCAGAGCGUGAUUAGUAAAUAAUUUACGUUUAAUAUUUUAUUAUUUUUACACUGAAAAAUGUCUAAAAAAAUUAACGACCAAGACAUAAGUCGUAUGUUAGAUGAAUUUAUGGAUGAUAGUGGAUCUGAUAGAGAAGAUGAUAAUGUUGAUAAUAAUAGUUCUGACGAGGACACGUGUGAAGCUGUUUAUACGAAUUUGUUACCGGUUGCAUUUGAAAAUGAAUGUGCAAAUCUUUUUGAAAAUCUUGUUGAAAUGGUUGACAAUAUUGAUAAUGAUUUAACUGUUCCAAUUACUGAUAAUAGAAGGCAAAAUAUGAAUGAAGUACCAAUAGAAAAUAUUGAGAGUAAUUAUGACAAUAUAGCUGAGGAAUGGGGUUUUGAUGACACCAUAGACGAAAUUCAACAUGAAAAUUUUAUACAAAAUCAUGAUAAUAAUGAACCUUUUUUAACAAAUAGAGAUAUAGAAAGACGUUCAAUUGAAAGUACAGAACCUGUUAUAUGUGAAUGGGAAAGAGUAAAUCCUGAACCUCAACCUCACGUAUUUACGUCAAUGUCAGGUGUCUCAGAUGAAGUACUUGGUAAAUCAACUGAAAUAGAGUUUUUUAGUAUUUUUUUCCCAGAUAAUUUAAUUAAAUUAAUAAAAAAAGAAACUAAUAGGUAUGCAUACUCGAUUAUUCGAUCUCUUCGACGAAAAAAUAUGCUGAAACAAAAUUCUAUUUGGCAUAAAUGGAAACCAGUUAAUAUUUCUGAAAUAUAUAGUUUUUUUUCAAUCAUUCUUCAUAUGUCUAUAAUACCAAAACCACAUAUCAAAGACUUUUGGUCGAAGAAUGCAUUUAUUCAUAGCACAUUUGCGUCAAAGCUAAUGACUAGAGAUCGUUUCUCAUCGAUUUUUUCAAUGUUGCAUUUGAAUAAUAAUGCAAAUUAUAUUUCAAGAGGUAAAGAAAAUCAUGACAGUUUAUUUAAAAUCCGUCCUUAUAUUGAUUUAAUCAAUAAAAAAACAGUUGAGUCAUAUCAACCUGGUCAAAAUUUGACUAUUGACGAAGGUAUGUGUCCAUUUAGAGGUCGUAUACAUUUCAGAGUUUAUAUGAAAAAUAAACCACAUAAAUACGGUAUGAAAUUAUAUAUUCUAUCAGAUCCUCUUACAGGAUAUACUUUAAAAUUUGAAAUUUAUUCUGGUAAAAAUCAAAAAGAUAAUUCGAUAAUUGCUUUGUUUGAUAGACUUUUAGAAGAGUAUUAUUAUAAAGGUCACACUGUGUACAUGGAUAGAUUUUAUACAAGCCCAGCACUUCUAAAUGCUCUUUGGAAAAAAAAUACAAAUGGUGUAGGUACGGUUAUGUCUAACCGUAAAGGACUACCUAAAGAAGUAGUAAAGGAAAAAUUACAAAAAGGUGAAAUGACAUAUUCGAAACAAGGUCCUUUGGUAUGUAUCAAAUGGAGAGAUACAAGAGACGUGUUGAUGUUAUCAACAGCUCAUUCAGCAGAUAUGAAACAAGUCUCAGUUAGAUCUAAAACUGGUGAACUUCUUAAGUUUAAACCUAAUUCUAUUAUUGACUACAAUAUAAACAAAACAGGUGUUGAUCACGGAGAUCAAAUGGUUUCAUAUUAUCCAUUUCAGAGAAAAAGUUUAAAAUGGUGGAAAAAAAUGUUCUUUCAUUUAUUUAUGGUAACAGUUGUAAAUAGUUACAUAUUGAAGAACAGAGUAAACCAACACAAAAAAAUAACAUUAAGGACAUUUAUAAUUAAUUUGGGCUUACAACUGGCAGAAAAAAGUGGCUAUAAUCAAGACAACUAUAAUGAUACGGUUACAAAUCGGCUGUCAGGACGACAUUUUAUUGCACGUAUACCAUCAACAGCAUCAAAGCAAAAUCCAAGAAGAGUCUGUAAAGUUUGUGCCGAUAAAAUAAAAUAUAUAAGUGGCAAAAGAGGAAGAAAAGAAACUUCGUUUUAUUGCAAACAGUGUGAUACACCGUUAUGUAUUGAGGAUUGUUUUGAAAAAUAUCACACUAUAAAUAAUUAUUGGUUGUAAAUUAAAAUCAUUAUUAGUAUUAACACAUUUUAUAUAGGAAUUUUCAGUA